AAUUAUUAAUAACACCAUUAUCUUUUCUGUAAAUGUUUUCAAAGCCACAACCUUUUAUUUAUUUUAAAGACAACUUUUAUUUAUUAAUUUUUAAUUUGUUUUUGGUAUAUAAAUGCCAUUCAAUCCCAAAUCUCUGUCUCUGUGACUUUGUGCUAGAGAGAACAGCAAAAAUGGGAGCUCUUGAUUACCUCUACUACUUUUGUAACGUCACCACAGUCAGACACAAACGCAAGUCAAUGCAGACGGUUGAGAUUAAGGUGAAGAUAGAUUGUGAUGGUUGUGAAAGACGAGUCAAGAAUGCUGUUCGAAACAUGAAAGGUGUGAAGAAUGUUGAGGUGAACAGAAAGCUGAGCAGGGUAACAGUUAGUGGUUAUGUUGAUCCGAACAGGGUGUUAAAGAGGGUGAAGAGUACAGGCAAGAGGGCAGCUGAGUUUUGGCCAUAUAUCCCACAGCACAUAGUUCACUAUCCUCAUGCGUCGGGUGUCUACGACAAAAGGGCGCCGGCCGGAUUCGUUCGGAACGUCGUACAAGGUUUUCCGGCAGCCUCCGAUGCACCUGAAGAAAAUGUUAUUUCCUACUUCAGUGAUGAUAAUGUGAAUGCAUGCUCCGUCAUGUAAGGAAUAGAUUCACUUUGGGGAAAUUGUUUUUUUUUUUUUAAACAAAAAAAAUAAAAAAACCAAUAUGUAUGAACACUUUGUCGCCUUAUUCAUAUUUUGAAGUUUUCAUUGAAACUUCUUAAUUAAGGCUUGAAAAAUAGGGAAGAAAGAGGUAUAAAUAAGAUUGUAACCUCAGUGCUUUGAGCCAAGGUUAAAGGUGCCGUUGUUGUAAUACGCACCUUUUUAACAUUUACUCCCUCUGUUUUACAUUACCUGUUGUUGCGUAAAUAACUGACGUUUUAGGAU